UAUAAUGAAAAUAUUUAUAAAUAAUUGGCAAAUGUCUACUAAAAAGUUAUUUUAAUAAAAUUAAUUUUCUUCUCUACUCAGGCAAAAUUAGUACUCAGGCUGUUGCACGACUGGCCACACUGACAAUCAUAGAAUAGUAUCAGUGUGGGCAUUUUUACAUAUGGUGACCAUCGAUAGCGUCCAAGAAAUAUUUUCGACCGACUUUAAUUGUCAAAAUUUGUAGAUUCUUGGCAUUCAUGGAACAAAAAUCAAGUGUUUCGGCGUUACAAGAGUUUUGCGCCAAAGCAAAAACUGGCAAUCCAGUCUACGAUUUUAUUGAUGGUGAAGAAGGUGGUUACAUUUGCAAAGUUGAGCUCAUGGAUACCGAAGCCUUUGGAAAUGGACGCUCUAAGCGGGAUGCCAAGCAUUUGGCAGCUGCCAACAUAAUGCGUAAACUGCGCAAGCUGCCCGGCUUUGACAGUUUGGGCAGCACUGCUACAGUUUGCAACAAUAAUGUCGACGACAGUGUGCAAAAUGAGAUGGCAAACAUGAAUCGCGACAUGCUGAAAGAGUUGCGCGACUAUUGUGUGCGUCAUGACAUGCCAUUGCCCACCAUUGAAAUUGUGCAGCAGAGUGGCCAACCCAACGCCCCCGAAUUUGUCGCCUGCUGCUCGGUGGCUUCAAUUAAACGUUAUGGCAAAUCCGAUAGCAAGAAAGAUGCACGCCAACGUGCUGCCAUCGAAAUGCUGUGCAUCAUCUCCACCUCGGAUAAAAUCAGUAAUUUGAAUGCCUCCACAAAUUUGGUUAGCACCAAGCCACAAAAUGCCGACUUGGACGCCGACUUGGAAGAUUUGGAAAGCGAGAGGCGUCGCAAAUUCAAGACAUAUCGUGAACUAAUCGACGCUGGUGGCGAUGAUACGCGAAAUAUCAAAAUUAGCGAUCGGCACAAUUACUUCAAGAGCUUUUAUCCAGCAUUAAAGGCGGCAGCCUUCGAUGUCAUAAAUUCCCAGGAAUACGUUUCUGAGAAGGACCAGCUAGACGUUUUGUUGGAUGUCUUAAAGUUGACUUCGAAAGUUAGUCAAUUGGAGUCGACGUCUAUGGAGCCUCUAUUGCAACUCGAAUUGAAAUGCGAUUUUAAUUGUAUGUUCAUUGGAUUGGAGAGCGUGAUCUAUAAGCAAAUUAUACAAUAUUUGCGGGACAUGUUAAUUUAGGCGACUCACAUUCGAUACUCAUAAUAUAAUUUAUAACAUUAGGUAUAUUUCAACUAAUACUUAAAACUAAAUAAACGUGUUAUUUACAGGCUACACGCUAUGUACAUUCAUCAUCAUAUAUAUAUAUUUGCUUAAUAAAUACAAAAAAAAUACAAUGUGUAUAAAUGUGAAAGCGAAAGAUUAUUCUUUUUUCAUUGUUUGAUUUGUUAACUUUGUACAAUUCAGUUUUUAUUUGCAUUAAUUAUUGCAUUGUUGGAGAAAGGAACGAAACCGCGUACUCAUUUUUUUUUAUUAAUAAUAUACAAAUGUGUUUUUUUUUUUUUUGCUUAACUACAACUACAAACUAAUUGUAAUUUGUGGGAUUCCCCUAACUUAAAAUACUAAAUGAUAUUGCAACAACAAAAUUGAAACAAAAUGUGUCCAUCUUUUUUUAUUUCCAAAUCCAUAAAAAGUAAUAGAGAUUAGGUAAAUCGAUAAAAACUCGCUUCUCGCUCCUAUCGAUGUAAUCGAAUUCACAGUUAUCGAAGGCAAUCUUUUAGCGGUUUCAUUCCCAUCUCCUCUUGAAUUACGUAUCCGCCGUGUUUUCUCUUAUUUAAUUUUUUUUUGUUGGGA